CCAACACGGGUAGCUUUAGCUUAGCCUGCUGUGUGUGUAUGUAUGUGUAUGUGUGCGUGUUACGGUUAGCUACUGGCUUGAGCUUGAGAAAGCUGUGUCUAAACACAGAGGAGAGGAGGAUAUUACCCGCGUGCAGCGUUUAAAGAUGGAAAACGCCUCAUAGGAGAAAGAUAUGCCUUAAUGUAUUUCAUACCUGUGUCCAGCGUCGAGGUCCGAUCUCGUCCCUUUCCCAGCCUGUUGAAGCAUGCAGCAAAAAUGCAGCCUCUAAGCAGAAGAGAUGCUGGAGUCUGGCAUCAAACCAGGAGCCUACUGUACAAGAACCUUCUGAUCAAAUGGAGAACCAAGCAGCAGAGCCUCCAGGAGUUGAUCCUUCCUCUGCUCCUUUUGGGCCUCCUCAUUCUCAUCAGCACCCUCAACCCUCAUAUCUACUAUGGCAGCAUCAGCACUACCGAGCUUGAAGAGGAGGAGUACCUUUCACUUAAAGGCCUGGGCUACACCCCAAUUACAAAUGUCACCAGUCAGAUUAUGGAGGAAGUGGCACAGGAGCUGCAUAUGCAGGACCGCUUGGAGAUGUUCCCUACUGAAGAAGACCUGGAGAACGCCAGCCUUUACGAACCCCUCGGCUAUGUGGGAGUGGUGUUUCUAGAUAAUAUGUCCUACCGGCUACGAUUUCCCUAUAACCAUCUUCCUCUCCCUAGUGACUACACUGAAUCAAUUGCAAAUUGUUAUUCCAACUAUCUGAACUGCCAUGCUGCUAACUACUGGUACACUGGUUUCAUACGCCUGCAGUCUCUGAUUGACGCUGCCAUCAUCCAGAUGCAGACGAAGCGUUCGGUAUGGAGAGAGCUGAAUGUCCGAGUGGUAAUGAUGGGUCACCCAGGCUCAGUGGAGGUCCAGAAGUUUCCACAUGCACUCAUAUCCAUCUACCUGGUUCUGGCGUUUACACCCUUUGUCUCCUUCCUCAUUGUCAACGUGGCAGCUGAGAAAGAGCAUCGCCUCAAAGACACCAUGAGCAUGAUGGGGCUGUACGACACCUCAUUUUGGCUCUCGUGGGGUCUUCUCUAUGCUGCCCUGGUAACCACCAUGUCUGUUCUGAUGGCUGUUAUUGCUAUAUGGACACCGCUCUUUUCCAACAGCAACUUCCUUAUCAUCUUCCUGUUAAUAUUUCUCUACGGCAUAUCUACAAUCUUCUUCUCCUUCAUGUUGACUCCUCUGUUUAAGAAGCCCAAGUUUGCAAGUACGAUGGGCUCUAUGCUGACGCUGGUCUUUGGCUGUCUGUCUCUCUUUACUGUGCUGAUGAGGGAUUUCCCUCAGUCAGCUGUCUGGCUGCUUUGCCUGCUGUCCCCCAGUGCCUUCUCCAUCGGCAUUGCCCAGGUGGUGUAUCUGGAGGCCCAGGGAGACGGUGCAGUGUUCUCCACUCUAGCUAAUGGCCCUCAUGCACUGUAUGUGCCUCUGCUGAUGCUCUUUUUAGACUGCAUCCUCUAUCUACUCCUCGCUAUUUACCUAGACCAGGUGAUGCCAGGUGAGUUUGGAAUGAGGCGCUCUGUGAUUUACUUCCUGAAGCCUUCCUAUUGGUCGACACGCAGCAAGCGCUAUGUGGAAGUGAGCUCUGUGUAUGAGGUGGAGGUGAAUGGAACUCCUAUGGCUGAUGAAUCUGUGGAGCCUGUUUCCCCUGAGUUCAGAGGCAAAGAGGCCAUCAGGAUCUGUAACAUCCGUAAAACCUAUAAAGAGAAGGACAGCACAGUCGAGGCACUGAGAGGUUUGACGUUUGACAUUUACGAAGGUCAGAUCACAGCCCUGUUGGGUCACAGUGGAGCAGGAAAAUCAACACUCAUGAAUAUCCUAUGUGGCAUCUGUCCUCCAACAGAAGGUUCAGCUACCAUCUAUGGCUCUCCUGUGGCUGAGAUAGCGGAUGGGGCUGAGAUGAAACAGCUUGUGGGGAUCUGCCCCCAGUUCAACAUUAUCUUUGAUGUGCUGACAGUGGAGGAGCACCUCAGGAUUUUUGCAGCCAUUAAAGGCAUCCUGCCCUCUGAAAUUGAUAGUGAGGUUAGAAAAGUUUUGAAGGAUCUGGACUUGGAGAAGAUCAUGGAUGCACAAGCCAAGAACCUAAGUGGGGGCCAGAAAAGGAAGCUGUCUGUGGGCAUUGCCAUUCUGGGAGACCCCAAGAUCUUGCUCCUGGAUGAGCCCACCGCAGGUAUGGACCCAGUUUCACGUCACCAGGUGUGGACUCUACUAAAGAAUCGACGAGCAGGUCGCGUCACUGUCCUCAGCACGCAUUAUAUGGACGAGGCAGAUAUACUUGCAGAUCGUAAAGCAGUCAUCUCUCAAGGUCAGCUGAAAUGUGUGGGCUCUUCUCUCUACCUCAAAACUAAGUGUGGAGUUGGAUACCACCUCAGGAUGUCUGUGACUGAAGUCUGUGAGGUAGACAGCCUUGCAUCAUUGGUCAAGCAGCAUGUUCCGAAGGCUCAGUUGUCAAGGCAACAGGAGGCUGAGCUCACAUUCACGUUGCCUUUUGAGAGCAUGGAAACGUUUCCAGGACUUUUCGCUGAGCUGGACUGUAGGCCCGACCUUGGCAUCAUUAACUAUGGUGUUUCCAUGACAACGUUAGAAGAUGUGUUUCUCCGUCUGGAGGCGGAAGCAGAAGUGGAUCAGGCAGACUACAGUGUGUUUAACCAGGACAAGGUGGAAGAUGAGGGUGACGCAUCCUCGCUGGAUGAGAUGGACCAGAGGCUGCUGACCUUCUCAGACAGCAGGCAGGAUGCAGUGAAGGGCCAUGCCCUAUGGAGGCAGCAGUUCAGCACGGUGGCCUGGCUCCAUAUGCUUAACCUGCAGAGAGAGAGGAAACCCAUCAUAUACAAUGUGACGCUGUUCCUGGUCUUCUUGACUGCAGUGCUGGUUCUGUCUCUGGCUACAGGGAACAUUCAGAUACACUCCCCCGACAGACAGUUCCAGCCUAUCUACUUGCUCGGUCGCCAUGAAUCCCCUCACAAAUAUGCCACCAGCUUGCUAGUGCUCAACUCCUCUGACUCUGAUAUAUCUGGCUUCAUUCACAACCUGGAAUCUCAAGACAUUAAAGUGGAGAUGAUGAAAAAGAUGGACUACAUGUCUGCUGCACCUCACAGUGCUGCCAUCAACGUCACAGGCUCUAGUAAGGGUUUCAGUUACAUUGUAGCCUUCAACAGUACCACAGUGCACUCUCUGCCCAUGGCAGUUAAUGUACUCAGUAAUGCCCUGUACAGAGGCUUCAAUGGUACGGGAAAGAUCAAAACAUGGACAAAACCUUUCGACUAUCAAAUUCCAGAUUCGACAUCCUAUGCUCUGGUUUACAUCGAGGCGGUGAUUCUGGGCAUGCUGGCCGCUGGCAUGCCAGCCUACUUUGCAAUGGAUCACACACGAGAUCGAGAGAUAAAGUGUCGAUCAACAUUGAGGAUCUCUGGUAUGGUGCCGUCUGCGUACUGGUGCGGUCAGGCUGCUGUAGAUAUCCCCUUCUACUACCUCAUCCUCAUCUGCAUGACCAGCACGCUGUUUGCCUUCCACUCCACAAACCUGCUGUCCAACAGCAACGUCAUGUCUGUGAUUCUGUGUCUAAUAGGAUUCGGCCCUGCCAUGAUCCUCUUCACCUAUUGCGUGUCGUUCAUGUUUGCCAAAGUCCAGAGCAACAGAGACUUCUUCUCCGUCAUUUCUAUGAUGGUUUGUGUAGUCUCUGCCUCCAUGGUCCAGCUGGCUUUUGUAAAUGAAAAUCCUGGCCUGACACGAGUCCUACACAACGCGCUAUGCUUCUUUAACCCGCUCUACCCUCUGAUGGGCUGCCUCAACUGCAUUACUAAGGCCACCUUCCUUAUGUCCUUCCAUGAAGAGUUCCUGUGGAAAAAUCUGCUUAUUGCUGUUAUAGCUCCCUACCUCCAGUGCAUCCUGCUGCUCUUCUUGCUGCGAUGGUUGGAGAUCCGCUAUGGAGGCCAGACCAUGAAGAAUGACCAGCUGUGCAGAAUCUCUUCCAAAGCCAAGGGUAAAGUGCAGCGGAACCCAGAGGAAAACGUUGAUGAAGAUGAAGAUAUACUGGUGGAGAAGGCUCGGGUUAAGGAAGCUCUCACCUGCCAGUGCUGUGAAGAGAAACCGGUGGUUGUGGUGAGUAACUUGAGAAAGCAGUAUUCAGGCAAGAAAGAAGGCUUCUCCCUUGGCAAGAAGAGAAAAGUGGCUGCCAAGAACAUCUCCUUCUGUGUCCGUAAAGGUGAGGUUCUUGGGCUUCUGGGUCCGAAUGGAGCAGGGAAGAGUACAAUCAUGCACAUGCUCUCGGGAGACACAAAUCCUACAGCCGGACAGAUUCUGAUGGGAGAUUAUGGCACAGAGUUCAGGCCGGUGGAUAACCCACUUGAACAUGUAGGUUACUGCCCUCAGGUGAACCCUCUCUGGCCUAGGAUCACCCUACAAGAGCACCUCCAGAUCUAUGCUGCCAUUAAGGGCUUACGCCACAAUGAUGUACCAAACAUCAUCAGACGUGUUGUUAAUGCUCUGGAGCUGAAGGAUCAUCUCCACAAACAGGCUAAAAACCUGUCUGCAGGCCUCAAGAGAAAGUUAUGUUUUGCUCUAAGCAUGUUGGGAAAUCCUCAGAUUGUGCUCCUUGAUGAGCCCUCAUCUGGGAUGGACCCUAAAUCUAAGCAGCGCAUGUGGAGAGCGCUUCGUGCAGCUUUUAAAAACAAACAGCGUGGCGCCAUCUUAACCACUCACUACAUGGAAGAGGCGGAGGCUGUGUGCGACCGAGUUGCCAUUAUGGUUUCUGGUCAACUAAGGUGCAUUGGCUCCAUCCAGCAUCUGAAGGCCAAAUACGGCCGAGGCUACAGUCUGGAGAUUAAGCUUCGAGAAGAGCUGACAGGCCUCCAGCAGGUGGCACUCCUGCACAAGGAGAUACUGAGGAUCUUCCCUCACGCUGCACGCCAGGAGAGUUUUGCCACCCUGAUGGUUUAUAAGAUCCCAAUGGAGGACGUUAAAUCACUGGCCCAGGCUUUCUCUCGGUUAGAGGGUGCAAAGCAGAACUUCAAUUUUGAAGAAUAUAACUUCUCUCAGUGCACACUUGAGCAGGUUUUCAUGGAAUUUGCUAAAGAGCAGGAGAACGAGGAGGAGGAGGUAGGCUCCCUCAGCACCACCUUCCAGUGGCAGCGGCUUCGUCAGGACGGCCCGGCUUCCUUCAGUCACCCUGACAGCAUUGUGCACCAGCUGUGAGCCCUUUCUGCUCUCCCUGUCUCUCUCUCUCUCUUUCGCUCCCUCUCAGUCCCCCACUGUUCAUGUGCCACUCUCCUCACUCCAGAUAACGUGUGCCCCUAUAGGAUACGCACACCAGCGAGAGCCCGUUGGCCCACUGGAGUUGGCACAGGCUCUGAAACAGCCAGCAUGAUGGCAUUGUGUGUGUCUCAGCUGACUUACCUACAGCUUUUACGGACAUUGUGUGUUUUUUGUUGUUUUUUUGUUAAUUUUCAGAGAGAUUUUAUUUUAUUAUUGGAAUUCACAUACAGAAGGUUGCACACUCUAUGGACUACUUCAUGUAUUUGUCAUUCACUGGCCUUGGUAGACAGGUGAACAGUGGUUCAAACCUGUGUCUCAAUCUUUCACCGUCCUUUUGUCCUUAUGCAGUGUGUGUUGAGUUUGUUACAAAUUAAGUCAAAACAAAAAAUAAGGAACUCAUGGGAAAGACCUUAUGCCAUCAGGAACCGCGAUGGAACCAAAGCAGGCAACCCAACCACUCAAAUACUUACACACACAGCCACACACACACACACACUAAAAAACACAUCACAUCAACACCGAAAAGGUGCUUUUGGUGUCUGUAGUCUGGAGAUCUAUUGUUAGAUCUAAUGUAUAUAGAUACACAACAAAUCAAGAAAGUCUAGACGUCUUUUUUCUUUUUUUUAUAAAAAAAAAACUAUUGUCUGCAAGCACACACACACAGAGCUAACGAGGGAGGAACUUCAUUCUAGCUGCAUCGCUCAGGCUCGACGGUGUUUUCUUGGCCUCGUCAGAGUACCACAGCCCAGCUGCUGAGAUAUACCAGCACACAACCCUACCAACGGUGGCCUGCCUCGCAGGCAUGCUGAGCUUCCUCUGCCUCUGCUGCAACAGAGGAGCUCCGCAGACUCCUCUCCUCGAACACCAGCACACCAGCGUUUCAGGCCCUUCAACGACGUCCAGCUCUCCAAAGACUGAGGCCUGAUAAUGAUAAGGCAUGGACCUCUCUACAGACCAGUAGGGUCUCAAAGCGAGAAGAUUUAAACUCACAUUUAAGAACUUCUAUCCCCUUGUUCAGUGUCUUGUCUAGCUUUUUUGACUCCUUUUAUUAUUUUUUCUUUUCUUUUUCUUUCUAACUUGCCCGGUGGCCUUCCUAUGGAGAAGUUCAAAUGUCCAAAAUGAUUGAGACAAACGCUUGAGAAUGUAGUUCCCGUGCACUCCGCCCAGACGCAUGUAGCACUCCAGAUCUGUCAGAAACCCAAACAUGGCCUUGGGGCAGCGCGGAAGACUUUGAAGUGAGAGGACUCCCUUUCCGUUUCCAUUUUAAUUAUUAAAAAGGUGAUUACUCGCGAGCAAGGCCUUGAACGCAUGAUGGUAAUAUGAUGCCGUUUUGUUUAGCAGCUCUGUCUCUGCGUGUGUGAGGUGUUUUAUCAUACUGUUGUAGCAAAGAUGAAUUUCCUUAGAGCUUUACACUGGAGAAAUUUAUUUUUAAUGCAGGUUUCAGAUGCACUUUGUCUUUUUUUGUACACCGCAUCAUAUUAACAGUGUUUCUGUCUUUUAUGUAGAAGCUUUUUUGAGUAACAUCUACAUUUGUAUUAAUUGAGUCUUCGGAUGCACCGAAAUGAAAAUUGUUGCUCAAAACAGAAUCUGAACAGAAUUAAACAUUUGAUAGUGGGCUGAAUAUUAAAUAUUAAAUACCAAGCACAGUUCUUUAAAGGUUUUCCUUAAAGUGACAGUCCGUAAAGUUUUCUUUGUCUUUUUUUUUUGUUUUUUUUUUGGAUAGAGUUCUUUUAAAACGUGCAUUGUGUUGUGCUUUCAGGGUUGAUGAUUCUGUAGAUUUUAGCAAGAAGUUGCCAAAUCUCUUCAAUUAUUUGUUUCUUUGGUUCAUUGAUCUGUAAAUGAGCAGAAAGGAGUGAGUUUGUUGUUCCAAUAUCUCCAUUAGCUCCAGUAAUUUUUGUAUCAGCAUCAUUAGCAGUGCUGCAGUUGCUCAGAAAGAAAAUCCCAAGAGGACCUACCAGACUUCUCUGUUUUUACAAAGAACGUAUUGGUCUUUGUAAGGAUGGUCACAGAAACACGUUGAUGCCAUUAAUUAGAAUAUUUUAUCCCUUCCCCACCCAGUAGUACCACUGUUUUCAAUUUAAAAGAACAUUUCUUAAAGACUGCUGCUUUAAAUGUGCCACUUUAUAAAUAAAUUUUUUUGUCUUGCUUUGUCAAAAAGCAGUUACAAAACUCAUUUAUCUCAGCAGGGCUACUCUAAUCAUGAAUAUAUAUUUUAAGCAGUGACAUUCUAGUCACACAGUUACCACAGUAAUUCUAUUCUACUCAUAAAUUUACUUAAGGUACUUAAUCAAUGCAAUUAUAUUAAUUAAUUACCUGAGCAGUGUAAUUUAAAUCACGCGAGUGAAACACACAAAAACAAACAGAUGCUGUAGUAUUGCUCAGCUGGAAAACAGGUAGGAAACUCACACCAAGUGUGAUAAAUGAUGCUGUUUUUAUUUAUUUAUGUGAGUAGAGCGUAAAUUAAAUCUGACAUUUUUUGCUGCAAUAUGAUUUAAAACAAACAUGUUCUUGUUCUGGAUUUAUUUUUCUUCACAAAAACACAAAGUGAUUUAUUUAUUUUAUUUUUAUUUUUUUUUUUUUUUUUGCUUUUUGGUCUAAUCUUUUUGGUUACUAUAUAUUUGGUGCAUCCUAAGUUGAGUCUUUGGCACAUAAACGAUAUAACAGAAGAAUCUAAAUCAGGAAUCUUGUCUCAGUUGACAACAACUGAUAGCUUAACAGGCUGUGUAAUUCUUAUUUUAAAGUGGUUUGUUCUUUUGAAACAGGGAUGUCCAAUCUUAUCUGUUGCAGGUUUUCAUUCCAGCCAAUGAAAAGCACGUGUCCUCAGUUUGAAUAUUCAACGAAUUGCCGGCUGAUUAAACCAGUGGAAUCGGGUGUGCUGCUGACUGUUGUUUAGAAUGAAAACCUGCAGCCAGAUCGACCCUUUACAGAUUAGUUUGGACACUAGUGUUCUAGAAAGAACAAGCAGAUUAUUGUAAGCUUGUUUUUCGUGCAUUUUGGCUUGAACUAUGAAUUAUUGUAUUAUACUUCUGGAAUAAUUAACAUUGAUUUAGUGAAUUUGAAUCGAAAAACUUCACUCAUAUGGUUUCUAUUUUAAAACAGCUAAUGAAUUAGUAUGAGGUUCAGUGCAUAUUGAGUGUUGGAUAUGCUGCACACUAUAUAUUAAGGGUUUCCUGUUCUAAAACAGAACCCCCUUCCACUAAGGAAGAACUCUUAACUAGCUAAUUAGACAGAUCAGGUUUGUUGGCAGCAUAAUGAACACUAAAAUGUGCUCUGUACUGGUUUAGGCCUGGUCCAUAUCAUGUGUAUCUGGAUAUUUUUUUUAGUCUGAGGUUUUUGUUUGUAUUAUGGCCUUCUGUCCACAUAAACUGCAUGUUUUGGUUCCUGGAAAAUGAAUUGUGCUAUUGAAAACACUACAGUGGGCUCUGAGUGGUCUAGCAGUCUAAGCUUGCCAUCAGCAGCCGGAGUCUGAGAGAUUAUAAUUGGCCAUGCUCUCUGUGGGUGGGUAGAUGUCUGUCUUUCCCCACAUCAUUCCUAGUGUGAUGUUGAUCAGCACAGGCAUCUGUUAGAUAGUGUAUCAGAGCUGGGUCGAGUGGACAAGGAGAAAUAAUCUUUAAAAAGACUGAUGUCACAAAGCAUGCAUAUUUCUGCCUGAAUGUCAAAUACCCCUGUACUAUCUAGUGAACUGCAUAAAAGUAUAAAAUUAAAAUGUUUACACAAAGGUAGUACUAACAUCUGCUCCGUUAAAAAGUAAUGAGAGACCACUUAAAAUGAUGAGUUUCUUUGAUUUUACUAAAUUAAAAACCUCUGGAAUAUAAUCAAGAGGAAGAUGGGUGAUCACAAGCCAUCACACCAAGCUAAACUGCUUAAAUUGUUUGCAUUAGUAGUGGCAAAAAAUAUAUAUCCAAAAGCAGUGUGUAAGACUGGUGGAGGAGAACAUGAUGCCAAGAGGCAUAAAAACUGUGAUUCAAAACCAGGGUUAUUUCACCAAAUAUUGAUUUCUGAGCUCUUAGAACUUUGAGUAUGAACUUCUCAUUUUCUGCAAAUAAAUGCUCUAAAUGGGAAUAUUUUUAUUUGGAAUUUGGAAUCGUAGUUUAUAGAAUAAAUAAGCAAUGUUCACGUUACUCAAACAUAUACCUAUACAUAGCAAAAUCAGAGAAACUCUUAAUUUUUUCUCUCUUAAAAAAGAACACCACAUAAGGAGUUUUAAUUUGGGAUUAAACCUCUUUGUUUUACUCCUUUUUUUGUGCAGUGUUUAUUAUUGUCUCUCUUUAUAAGGGUACUAUAUAAACAUUGAGUCAAGAAAAUCUCAUUUUUUUUAAGUAUCUGGAUGCUUGUGGAUUGGAUCUUGGGUGACCUCUGACUGGCCUAAAUCAGCAUGUUAACUCAACCCAUACCCACUGAGAGCCGUUCUUCUGUAUUGUAACUUAAACUCUGAACAAAUCAUCUGUAGAAAAAGCUGUUUAUGUCGGUUUUUGAUUGUUUUUUAUUUUAUUUCCAGGGUUGCUCACAUUUUGUAAAUAUUUCAGUAUUUUUUCUCCUCACAACCCAGUGAAAACAAAAGGGGUUUGAAGUACUGAGCGCUACCGGAAUGCGACAGGAGGGUAGUUGUUAGAGCCUGCUUGAACCAGUCCUCAAAAAUUGUAAUAUGUGUUAAGAUGCAAGGUGCAUUGUGUUGAAUUUGUUAUGUGUGUACUAUAUUUUAUUUAUACAAAAUUUGGGUUUUGGGAGAGAUUUUAAAACAUUUAUACUUAAAUACUUAAAAUAUUUACACUGUACUAAGUCCAUCUGGUGCAUCUAACUCAUGGACCUACAUAAUAUACACAUUUUUAAGUUGUAAUCUGUUUAUUUUGGGGAAUAUGUUUUGCCUUUGGCAUCGGGAGCAGUGUACUCACUCCAGAUCACGUUAGGGAAGCUAACGUGUGCUUCAGCAUCUGCUAAGGAAAAAAAAAACAGAAUCUAAUCUAGGUAAUCAGUAAUCUGAUGUGAAUGUGUUGGAUGUUGUUGAAAUUGUUCUCUUUUAGUUGUUUAAUGCUUUUUUUUUGGUUUGUGAAUAUACAAACUAAGGGAGUGGCAAGUUGCUAUUUUUUAAUGAGCUUUAUUUUUUGCACAUAUGUAGCCUCUUAUACUAGUAUGGUAGAGCAUCUCAGUGAUGUCGUUUUUUUUCCCCCUCUUUCUUAGACUGGGGUUGGGUUUGGGUGUGUUCAGUGAAUAAUAAAAAAAAUAACAAUCUUUUAAUCGAGAUAUUUAUUUCCUCCAAAGUGCAAUAUAUCAAUACCUUCUGUAUCUGUGUGGUCACUGCUUUCUGUAAAUGACGUGUCAUGGCUAACUGCAAUAUUGAUGUUGUCUCUCUUGUGAACUCAGAAGUGUCUUGCAGUGAAAUGUAGCCACUAAUAUGUAACCUUGUAGAAUGCUUUUGCUUUGCACUCCCAUGAUUUUAGUGCUCAGAGCCUGGGAGCCUCAACUAUAGAUCAAAAGUCAACUAUUAUUAUUGAUUUAUUGAUUAAUUAGAAAAUAAAUUUAAACUAUCCACUAUACGGUUCAUUCUGACAGAAGGAUUGCACAGGUUUUCUCAGUUAAUCCUAUUUUAUUUGUAUUAGUAGUCCUCUGAUUGGAGUUCUGAUGCCUCAUUGAUCUCUGUAGUUUCCAUAUUAUAACCUAAACCAUCUUUUUGAGGGAAUAUGAUUCACAUUCAAUUGCUUCAAUCAAAACCCUGGAGAGAUCAUCAACUUUUAUUUAUGUUAAUUUAUGUUUUUUCUGUAUUAUGCAAUCUUUUUAAGAAGUGUGCACUCUUUUCUAGGAACUCGCGUUGUGCCACGUGACCUGAUGUGCUUGUUACUCAUUCAUGUGCUGGUUUACACACACUCCAACAAAGCAAGUCCAUUUAUUUAAUCAUUGUUUGUUGAGAAGCUCAUCUAUGUAAAGCAUUUACCCCAGAGGAUUGAAAUAAAGAAAUUUGUAAAACUGCA